AUGCACUACCUCACGGAUGCAUUCAGUCAUUGGACUUACCAGCAAAGCAAAGGUCACCGCUUUGUGACCGAUCUACGUGGGUGUGGUUCAGUCGUCACCAACCCUCAAAUCCAUGACAUCAAUCCUGCAAAUGUUUGGGGCAGCAGGAACGGCCGAGCCCCGGCUGUUGCACUCAUGCUUGUUCAACACAGAUGCCAGCUUGGAUGUCAGAUUCUUCAACUCCCAAAGCUCGUUCGAAUUCCUGUGGAGACACCCAAAGAGGAUCUUAUAUGGCAACACAGCCAGGUAUUGCCCGACGGGGAGAAAGUCGAGGCUCGACACGUUGAUCUACCCACUUAUUUAGCUCUGUCAACUCGCCCAGCUCCUCGCCUGACGCCUCCGGCACCCCCUCAAUUCCCCUUCUGA